GCGUGACGUCAAAAAAACGCGACUGGCUCAAAUAUGGCUGCGUCCUUCAUUGGCGUGUUUUGGUUGUAGCACAAAACCAUGUCGAAACAUGUCAAUAUGGUCUGAGUGUUAAAGUUAACGGUACAGUGACUUUGUUCAUGGUGAAAGGAGAAAAUUGGAGCUUCAUACAGCAUGGAGAGACGAGAGUUUAUAGCAUCGCUUGUGGCUGGAGGUUGUGCAGGCAUGUGUGUCGACCUCACGCUCUUCCCUCUGGACACCAUUAAGACGCGUUUACAGAGUCAGCAGGGCUUCUACAAGGCCGGGGGAUUCAGGGGCAUCUAUGCCGGCGUGCCCUCUGCUGCCGUGGGAUCUUUUCCAAACGCUGCUGCGUUCUUCGUCACGUAUGAAAGCACCAAGUCUCUGCUCUCUGGCUGUUUCUCCGCACGCAUGGCUCCAGUCACACACAUGCUCGCAGCAUCGCUCGGAGAAAUCGUUGCGUGUCUGAUUCGAGUCCCGACAGAAGUGGUGAAGCAGAGAACUCAGGCCUCUCCGUCUCUUCACACACACCACGUCCUGCUAGCCACUCUGCGUGAGGAGGGGGUCCGCGGACUCUACAGGGGAUUUGGCAGUACAGUACUGCGAGAGAUCCCGUUCUCUUUAGUGCAGUUUCCUCUCUGGGAAUAUUUAAAGACUCUGUGGCGGAGGAGGCAGGGGGAACGGCUGGACUCUUGGCAAGCUGCAGUGUGUGGAGCUGUUGCAGGCGGGGUGGCAGCAUUUAUUACGACCCCUCUGGAUGUGGCCAAGACAAGGAUAAUGCUGGCUAAGGCUGGUACUUCCACGGCCAGUGGAAACAUCCCACUAGUUCUGUACGAGGUGUGGAAGUGUCGAGGUGUGUUUGGGCUCUUUGCCGGUAGCAUCCCCAGGAUGACCUUCAUCAGCGUGGGCGGUUUCAUCUUCCUCGGAGCUUACGAGAAAGUGCGCCGCAUGCUCCUAUAGGACAUUUGACCCUGAAAGCAGCAAUUCUUCCGGGAGGACUCACCAGCAGAUCAUCGUACCCUGGAAUUUGCAUUCCUGACUAUCAGUGCACAGCAGAUUGAUUUUAAUUACCCAAGUUCCAGGUAUUUUACAGACAGCGCUGCCGCCAUGAUCAUAUUUGGCCUGAAAGUGUGCUGCUGGUGUAGAUAUUAAGAGUUAUUAAUGGGGUUUUAUAGUAAAGAUGUUCAUAUUUGUGAUUUUUCUUUAUGUACGCUAUGACUGCGCUACAACUGUAAUCUGUAAUUCCUGAUCCAAUUGAUUAAUCUCUACAUUGUAUCAUUCCUGUGUCUGAAAUGAAGCCCUACUCUGUAUUCUCUACAAACAUCAAAGCAUCUAGUAGCCUACACUGUUUGGAUACCAGCAUUUUCCAAUGCAUUGUGGGAUAUCAUCAACACACUAUGCUUUUGCAGAUGAUUGUAAAAUGCCAAAACUCCUACAAUAGUGCACUAUGUAGUGAACAUGGUGCAGAUUCAGAGUUCAGUUUGUUAAAUAUGAGAGCUCCUAUCCGAAUGAAUCUUUCAUUACGACUUGUAUUGAUACUGCCUCACGGAAAAGAGUCUUCAUUACUUCUUAACUUUGCACUGCUGUUGAAUAUUUAGCAGCUAAAUAAAACUUAACAAGAAAAGUUACCCACUCUCUGUGAAAAUUAACACCAGCGUUGCUUUAUGGAUUUUGUAAACUUGUUUAUCAUCCAGAAUUCUAAGUUUCCCACUUGUAAAUGAGACUUUGCCAAGUGUCCGAGAGCAGUUGCAAUUUCCUGGCUUCCAUCACCAUUCGAACGCAACAUUAGCUAAGCCUGAUAUAGAGCAGACAAAAUUCAAAGUUUUUGAAUAGGUUUUUUGGUCAAUUUUAUUAGUUUACCCACUACUGUCAAUUAAAUAAAUAAAUUCUAUUCUGAGACUGUAACAGCACUCAAAAGGAGUGCUUCAUUAACAGUAUGUGCACUUGUUUGGUGAAGCAGUUACUGUAAGACUGCGAGCUGCUGUAAACUGAGAUUAGCCUUACAGUUGAUAUUAGACAGUGUUAUUGUCAACAGUAAGAUAAAUGGAAAUUUUCUUCCCAGUAAAAUAAAAUAUCACAAACAUUUUUCAUCUAACACACCCAUUUCCUACUUAGAUUUUCUAGACUAUUUAACCCAUUUCUUGAACUUCAGCCAAAACAUCACACAGCUAUAUUUAUGCUUUAUUUCAUCACACAAUUAUUUAAAUAUUACAUCUGUGACAUCUUAAACCUUAUGGGUCCCUUAUGUGGGGGCCAUAUGAAAAUUUGAGUAUGAAGAUAUUUGUUUAAGCAUUGGGGCCAUUUUAUAAAAUGAUUGACAUACUAGUAAGAGCACUAACGGGACACACAUUUAGCAUGAACCAGAGCUAACAACAAAGUCCUUAUGUAGCAGGAUUGAACUGGAACUGCCAGUCCUGAAGAAUGGUUUGCUGUUUGAACGCACCUUACCGAACCCAAUCUCUCGUAAAAUAAAUCAGUUGUCAGCUGGAAAACAAACUAACCUGUAAAGUUUGACGUGAAGGGUCAAAUAUAGCAGAUCGUUGAGUCCAAGUCUUGAGUCUAGACUUGCUUGUUUGCUUAUUAGCAGUGAACAUAAAGACGAGUGAUUUCCAGGAGUGAUUUAUGAGAGUAUCAGUAAAAAAAAUAUGGGUAGCAUGCUGCAGCCCGAGGGCAUUUUGAUAACUUUAUGAGGUAGAAGAACACGAGUGGGAAACCAAGGAGAGAAACUGAUAGGCAAGUCCACAGGUGUGAAUGUCAGAGUAGAAUUUAAUCAAAGCAAGCCAUUGGAGUCAUGUUGUCAAAUGGAAUAUUAUAUUUUUAUCCUGUCAAAUCCUGAGAGCAAUGGAUUUUUUUCCCCAUCUGAACUAAUGAGCAGUAUUAUUUCUUAUAGCUGUGUGCGAUAAUUGUGCAGUACAGGAGCUGUACGUCCCUCCAUGUGAAAACUGUUACAACAUGGCAAGUGUGUUCAUAUUAAAAACAACUCAAGCAUGCAAAAUAAAUAGGAAAAACUGAUAAUAAUGCAAACAUUUGCUGACCUGCAUUAUCAACAGCCAUGGCAGACUUUAGUGGCAUUACUUGUGUGAUCAUAGCCCUUUCUAGCAAACAAAACAUUAGUGAACUGUAUCUACAUGCACAUUAGUUCAGUUUAAACAUUGACUAAUGUUAAAUCCUGAUAGAGAGCAAAUGUUCCCAUUGCAACGGAACUAAGAUCAUGCUUAAUGUUUGCUCACGUAAGAGCUCAGCGACUUUGCAGAAAUGAACCCAAGCAUCGAGCGGUUGAGGCUCAAGAACCUUGGCUUGUCCUUCUUGGCUUGUCACGAGGACAUCUUAACUUCUGGGAUUCCACGGCCUUUCGUGGUAAUUUUUAGACUAUGCCUAAGACUAAGUUUACACCCGGACUUAACCUUGAACAACGUGUCUCUGGCUAACCACUCGUAUUGCGGACAUUCCACAACAUAAAAUGUAACUUUAAUUAGAUAAACAGUACAUUGUGCCUUUCUUUAAUAAAUAAAAAAAAAUGUUAGUGUUGCCAAAUUGCUGUGGUAUAAAAGGAAUAAAACACUACGGGAUGUGGUGUUACUGGAAAAUAAUCAACUUCAGGAUGUUAACAGUAACUUCGCUUGAUCACACCACCUUGUUGAUGAUUAUUUUCCUGUAACAGCACCACUCCACAGGUGUUUUAUUCCUUACCUAGUGGCUAUAAACGAUUGAUAAAAUUGUUGCACCCUUUACCACAUUACCAUUUAAUAUACCGUAUUAAAAAAAACAAAAAAACAUCUAAAUCAAAUUUAUAAUUAAACUAGAUGGAGUAAACAAUAAUGAAAUUCAUACAACAAAAGUCAAAGAGCAAAUGUGAUUUUAAUAGACAUGUCAACUUGCCACACGUCAACAUUUUCAGCAUUGCAAAUGUACAGCCGUAUGAGUUCAUUUCAAUAAAUUAAUCUGAAAGGAAGGUGAAGAAGUCUGCUAUGCCACAUGAGCAAUGGAAAUUAGCAGGUAAAACCUUUUUGUAUAUCUGAGAAGAUUAAGAAGCAAAGAUUUUUUCUCUUCAUUCCGAGUUAGCCGGUUAGCUAAAAUCUAGCUGUGUAAACCAGUUAGUUAGGUAACAGAGUGACAGAAUUGCUGUAACAUAGCUAGCUAACUCCUACAGAAAAAAAUUAUUCCCUCAGUUUGGUUUCUGUGGGGAGGAAAAAAAAAAAACAA